UGGUGACAAACAGUCUUUUCGUUCUUCCGGACGUCGACUAUAUUAUUGUCUUAAAGAACGGAAAGAUCACUGAUUUUGGGACUUAUGAUGAACUCAUGGCUCUUAAGGGAGACUUCGCUGAACUCAUGGAUCAGUUCACGACAAGUGUCGUUGACGAUGACUCUGACAGCAACCACUCAUCGGAGGGGCCGAUUAGAGCCCGAGCAUCGACUAGUGAACCACCGGCACAGACAACCGACUCGACUGUAGAUAAAUCAAAAUUAGUUGAAAUCGAAACCACGGGCUCAGGAAAUGUUAAGUUUGCGAUAUACAAAAAGUUCGCAAAAUCAAUGUCAAUGUUCUGGACAUUCAGUAUACUUAUCGGAUAUGCCAUCACUAAUGGCUGUAACAGUGGAUCCAGUUUUUGGAUCACGUAUUGGACCGACGACCCGAAUGGCACGGAAAGGAAUGGCUAUUAUUUAGGAAUAUAUGCUGUCAUAGGCUUCUGUCAGGCCGCGUCCCUGUGGUACGGCUGGAGCUCAAUAGUGUCCGGGUCUUUGUUGGCCUCUCGUACUCUACACCAGAAACUGUUGUCAAACAUAAUCCACGCGCCGAUGCACUUCUUCGACACCACACCCAUGGGUCGAGUCAUCAAUCGGUUCAGUAAAGACAUCGACGUUUUGGACAGCAUUAUGCAAAUGACGUUAAGAGUAUUAUGCAGUACGGUAUUCCAGACCCUGGCUAUACUGGCCACCAUAUCCAUACAGACCCCUAUAUUUAUCGCGGUGUUUGUGCCGGUUAUGGUUAUCUACUAUUUAAUACAGAAAUUCUAUGUCACAACCAGU